AUGGUCCUCAAGGCUCAACUAGACGAAAUCAGGGAAUACCGCAAUGCCUACUUUCUUGCAUUCGCUGUCGCCAUGGGCAGCGUUUUCUUCGGCUAUGAUAUCGGCCUUAUUGGUGGUGUCCUGGCUCUAGAGUCCUUUCAGAAAUACUUCGGCCUUGAUAAAAUGUCCCCAAGCGAGAGAGCCUCCAUCUCUGGCAAUAUUGUCGCGGUUUUGCAAGUCGGAUGCUUUAUUGGCGCCAUCGGCAUAAGUCCAUUCUCAAGCCGUUAUGGUCGCAAGCCUUGCCUUCUUGCUUCAGGAUUCAUCUUUGUCGUCGGAAGUGCGAUACAAGUCGUCGUCGGUCUUGGUCCAAGCAGAGAAUAUGCCCUGCCAUUGCUUUAUGUGGGGCGCUUUGUGGGCGGUGUUGGUGUGGGAAUGGUGACUGCCCUGGUCCCCUCAUAUCUGUCUGAGUCGACCCCGCGCACCAUUCGUGGGAGGUGUACGGGUCUCAUUCAGCUGGCGAACAACAUUGGAAUCAUGCUUUCUUUUUGGGUGAACUAUUUCGCCUCGAAGAACAUUCAGCCAACGGAAAGACAAUGGCGCAUACCGUUUGCGAUGCAGAUUGUGCCGGGGGUACUGUUCCUGCUGCUUACUCCCAUGCAACCUGAAUCUCCACGAUAUCUAAUCGAGAACGAGAAGUAUUCUCAAGCAGCUGACACUUUUGCUUAUCUCAACAAUCUCAACGCCAAUGAGGACGCUGUUGCUGAGAUGAUGCGUGAGGUCAAGGCCGACUUUGCGGGGAGAACGCACCUUUCAUUUGCUGAACAAGUGAUAGCAGUUACGGAGUCGCGGAGCUUGUUAGUACGGUGCGGCAUCCCACCAUUGGUGAUGUUUUUCCAGCAAGUAACUGGGACCAAUGCAAUAAACUAUUAUUCUCCAAUCAUAUUUGCUAAUCUAGGCAUUGGGGAGACGACAUCAGAGCUCUUCGCAACUGGUAUGUCCUCGCUUGUGCCCAUUGUGAACUUAUGGACACCGACUAUAGGCGUUAUCUCCGUUGCGACUGUUCUGGCUCUUGCCGUAGAGACCUUUGGACGCCGCAAAUCUCUUAUCGUUGGCGGUUUAGGACAAAGUGCGAUGAUGGCUUGGAUGGGAAUAUAUAGUUCUCUACAUCCACCAACCGAGCAUCCCGGAGAAUCCGCCCCCAGCACACUCGGCUAUUUUUCCAUCAGCACCGUCUACUUUUAUGCAAUUUUCUACAAUGUCGGUUGGGGUCCCAUGCCUUGGGUCGUUGCGGGAGAAGUCGCCCCAAACCAUCUGAGGACAACGAUCAUGUCAGUCUCGAUUGGAGUCAGCUGGCUAUUUUCAUUGACAAUAUCUAAACUGACGCCUAUCCUGCUCCAUUCGAUUCGCUAUGGCACAUUCCUCGUAUUUAGCGGAUGUUGCUUCGUUAUGGCUCUUUGGGCGUGGUUAUUCCUGCCAGAGACCGCAGGAUUAGGGUUGGAGGAGAUUGGAACAUUAUUUGAGGGCGAAAAUUCCAAACGGAGGAGACGAGAUGCGGAGGAACUUGAUGAUGAGAACGCGGAUGCAACCCAAAGUUUAUUAUCGAGUACAUAG